AUGAACCUCCUUAUACUCCUCGCUUGCGUCACUACAGUAGCAGCAACAGCUACUAACGUGACAGAAAAUGUAACUUCUACUGAGUCACCAAUUAAUUCAACCAAAGAAAUCCUCACGGCCAGCGAAACGGGUGAUCCGACUAAAGUUGAAAUAGUUAAACAGAUACGUAGAUUGAACGAAGAUGGAUCUUACACGAUUGGGUAUGAAGCAAACGAUGGCACGUUCAAAAUUGAAAGUCGUGAUGUUUUAGGCAAUGUCAAGGGAACUUUCGGAUAUGUUGAUGAUGAUGGUGAAAUUAAACGUGUGACAUAUUCUUCUUCGGGUGAUAGUACACCGGUACCAGUAACAACAAGUACGACGUCUAGUACACCAACAAUGGUAGUGAGAGUCAAUAAAACUGUGUCGUCAACCACACGGAGACCUCUAGCAACCGUCGUUUAUCCAACUAGAAGCAGUGCGACUACGAGAGGAACUGUUAUACAAGCGAUACCCCGACGAAGACCGGUAUCCAGUUCUACCCGAGGGCCAGUUGAAAUUACUACUGAUAGACAAAAUCAUGAAGAAACAACAGCUAGUACUUUAAACUUAUUCAGGAAAGAAGAUGCAGUUAAAACACGAACACAGUUGUCAAAGCCAGUGCCGGUGACAGUAAAAGAUGAUCUUAUUACAAAACAAACCACUACAGCUUCACCGCAAACAAUAAAACCAGUUUAUGAACACGUUAUUGAAAAAGAGCCAGACGUUAACAAAUCGAAUACUAUUAGACGUGAAUUAGUAGGAACGAGUUCCAAUCAUCACAUGGUGAGUCUACAACAAUCUAUGGGAGAUGAUUCAACCGAUGUCUAUGGUGGUCAUCUAUCACACGGUACAGUGAGACCAUUAUUUACAACGACUACAGCGCGACCAAGGAUCCUACCAAUUCACUCUUUAUUAGCAGCGAGACAAAAUAUUCAACAGCAAUACCAAGAUACGCAAUUGGAUGACCAGGAAACAACUUUAGAAGCUAGCACUGGUCGAGUUUUCAACCAUGAAAAUGUAGUGACGUCUAAUCCGGUUCCAGUAAUUCAUAUCCCAGCACAUAGACAACCAGAAGAAAGGCUUUAUCAACAACCUAUAUAUCAUAGACCUUCCGCAAUCCAUUUUAGAACUCAAGAAUAUUUGAGAGACAAUCCAGGCGCACCAAUUCCAAUCGGUAACCAGCGGCCCUUUCUCCAAUAUGAAUAUCAAGAUAAGUUAUUGGACACGCAAUAUGUGAAAGAACCUCCACAGUCAAAGGCUUCGGUUCAAGAACCCUACGAAAUUCGCCCAGCGCCAAGAAUAGUUCAAAUACCAGUUGACGAAAGAGGUAUCCCUAUUCAAGGAUAUGAGCCAAGGUAUGUAAAUUCUUACCGUCCGCAGCCGUUAUAUCAGAGAUACGAUCCCGUGAGUGACAUGUAUUCUAUAUCUGCCCCAGUGAGCACACGUGAUUUUAAGCGCUUGCUCCAUAUUCUGAUAAUGAGACAGAACCGCUUGCAAGCUAUAAUGGAUCAGAUCAUGCCUGGGCCACCAUAUCAGCCUCCAUCUUAUCGGCACGAGGCUUAUCAGCAGCACCGUCAUUAUCAAGAUGACGAACGAUACGACUACAGGUACGAUCCUCAAUACAGACAAGAGGUAUAUUCCAAUCAAUUAUCCACAUACGAUGACCCUCAAUAUGAGAGUCAAAGAUACGUGCCACGGAGAAGGUACUCCCGUCCUUACGAUUCCCAAGGGUCGUCUUCUAACCACAUAGAUGAACCUGCAGAGUAUCUCCCAGUAGAAGUAAGAGAAGCUUUACUACUUAAAAUGUUACUUCUGGCCAUCAACCCUGAUUAUGUGCCCACAACACCUCCAGCGACGGAGCUGACCACCGCGGCACCGCCGAGAAAGCAGGUGAGAAAUGUUCAAAUACUCGGAGAGGAGGGUUCUACAAAUCCAAAACCCACACCAAGAAACUAA